AUGCCGUGGAACGUACCCCAGGGGUACUCCAUCGACGAUCUUCUGGAGGAGCUCAAUGUCGACAUCAUCACGAUUCCAGAAGUUCCGACAAAAUUGAAUAUCGUCAAUCAGAAAAUUCGGAAAAUAGGAUUGACACCUAUGGUUGAGGAGGAGACCUUCGGGGUUUUGAUGUCUGCGAUCUUUCAUUAUCAAAAGUUGAAAGAUGAUGUUACCGGUGACCUGUGGGAUGUUAUUGAUAGAGGUUACAGAGAUAACAGAGAAAGGCCUGAUCAGGAUACACUCAUGAAAUCUCUAUUUCUGUCCUGCCAGCUGAUGGACCAAACGACCAAAAAAUCCUCCACAAAAGUCAAAGACACUCUGAUAGAGCUCUUUAUCAAGCGAUGGAUCAAGCAGCUCGAAAUCAUUGGCAGAAGAGAGAUCCACUCGCCCGAGGCUGCCUCGAUGAUCAUGGGCGUCUGUUGGCAAGUUCUUGGCUCUUGCAAGAAGAAUAAGUCGGUGCAGAAAGAUAUUACAGAAAUUAUUUCGAAGGUUAUCAAAACUGUGGGAUCGCAAGAAGUAGCGAUUAACAUCGUGAAAUUCAUCCAGAAAGACGAGUCCUUGGCGGAAUUCUUCGCUGAGCGUGUUGUCACGUGGAUAACUGACUGUGAGGCGAGAGGAUUGGUUAACUCUAUUCUGUGCGAAAUCAACGAGGUGAAAGAUGUCAAGGCGCAAAAAGGUCUUGUCGACUUUAUGGGCUCUUUGGCAAAGAAGAGGCCACAAGAUUUUAUCAGACAUUUUAGUAUGACCGUGCAGCUGAUCGCUGAGUCUGAUAACAAGUACUGGAUCAGAGAGGCGUGCUUGAACAUCAUGUCGGAAAUUUACAUGUUCAAAGUGCGAGAAGAAGAUAAAGAGCGCGACAACGCAUUUGAGGCGGACGAUGUAGGGCGGGAAAUGAACCAAAGCGCGCUUGCUGACAGCGAUAAUGAGGAAGAAAGCGCGGAUUUGGACCCGAAGCAGCGCUCGUUUAUGAUCUUGACCGAGCACAUCCACGAUCGAAACGCGUACACCAGAUCGUUUGCGAUGAAGAUAUUCGAAAAGAUGAUUCAAAAAGUGCCACUGCCUCACAUUGGCGAGUACCAGGAAAAGAUCGUUGGGCGAUUUGAUGAUAAUACAUCGACGGUGAGAAAGAGCGCGAUGAAUGCGUUUAUUGCGAUCAUCAACAACAACCGACUUCUGGAUCAGUUGAAGCAUCCGGCAGAGUUGAGAAAGCAAGUUGAUGAAUGCGAGGAUCCAGAGGUCAAGAAAGCACUAGUCAUGCUCCUCCGAGAUUGUGAGAAGCUCUUAGAUCUGGUCAAGAAAGGGUCGGAGAUUGUUCUUAAUAACUUGCUUCACUCAAACUUGACGACAGACGUGAUCGAAGCCAUAAACUGGUUCUACCAAAUCACGACGAUUGGCAUUGAUGAAGCGACGUUGGACGGAUUCCGGCAAAUGGCCACGCAUGUAUGGAACAAAGAAGAGAAAAUCCGCGAAAAAGUCUUGUGCUGCUACAAAGAUGUCUACUUCAACGAUAAGAUGGAUCCAAAACGAACGGCUUUCGGACUCAUAUACUUAGUGGCAGAGAGUUCUAACGCUGAAGCCUUUUCGAUUGGGAAGAUGGUCCAGUCCAUUAAGAUUCCGAAAGAGGCGAAAAAGCUUAUUUGGAAGUACGCGCUAGGAAGAGCUGAUCAAAAAUUGCCCCCGCAUCUUCAAGCGGCUGCGAUGGCGAUUAUUUGCAUGACAAGCAAGAGCGAACCGGAAGUCCUCACAGAAGGAAAUAUCGAUGCCUUUGUCUACAUGAUCCGGGACCCUGAUUGCCCUCCCCUCGUUCUUACCGAAGUCUUUGGAGUCCUCACGAAUCUAAGACAAGAUGCAAAGAAGCCAAUGCCAGAUGGAGCGUUUGACACCGACCAUGAUAUUUUCGAAGCGACAAUCAACCGAAUUUACGAGUUGUUGAAGAAAAACUGUGGCCCAGAAAUGAACAACAUGGUCCUCGCCGCUAUCAAACUCAUUUACUAUCUAAGCGCAAAUCCGUCGCAGCAAGUAUCUGAUAUCGUCAGUGCUUCCUUCAAAAUGGCUAUUUCCAGACUCAAAAAGGCAAAAGAAAGACAAGACAAUGAGUACACUGCAGAAAAAGCGCUACCAUCAGUUGCUCUUGCGCUCAACGCAGCUGGUCAUCAUGCCUUGAACCUGGCUAUUUGGGCUGAAUGUACUGUUGUUCCCAAACUUACAGAAAAGACCAAAAAGAAGAAGGGCGACAAGACGCCAAAGGAUGAUGAUGACCUUGAGGAUAUGUUCGGAAACAUCGACGACGCUGCAUAUGAAGAGGAGAAUAUUAUCAGAGUUUUAAACUAUGAGCUGAAUAGGGGCCCUUUCAAAGCAAUCACGGCUUUCGCAAAGUCAAUCCUUGUCCAAGCCGGGCAAUGGCCCUCGAAUGUCCAGUGCGCCGCGAUCAACUGCUUGAUGAAAUUCAUGGCGGCUUCUGCUGACCAUGCUGAGAACCACUCGCGCUUGAUCUUCACGAUUUUGCAGAAAGCAGAAAAUGUUUCGGUUGAGCAGACGAUUUUGAGUGCCUUCCCUGAUUUGCUUGUGAGACACCCGAAUAUCAUGGAUACAUGGGUCGGCGAUGUCUUCGAUAAACUCGAGGAUCAUGAUGAUCAAGUUCGAGCUUCGACGCUGACGAUGAUUUCAGAUUUGAUCGUCAAAGAUCUGGUCAAGCCACGAGGACGCCUGUAUCAAGUAGCGCGACUAGUCCUCGAUCAGAAUCCAAUCAUCAAGCGAGAUGCAAAAACCUUCUUCGUUGAGUUUAGCUCCCACGGAACGAAACUCAUCAACAACUUGCCAGAUAUUCUUGCGAAGCUCCACGAGCUUCAAAUUGUCACUGACGAUUUCAAGGAAAUCACGACCUUCUUGUUCGAUCAGCUUUCUGGCAAAGAAAAGCAGACUGAGCAGCUCGUCGAGAAAUUAUGCUCACGUUUCCGAGAACAAGACGCUGAAGAUACAUGGAAACAAGUAGCGCUGACAAUCUCGGUCAUGCCGGUCAACGAGCGCAUGAUCAAAAAACUCAGCGAAUGCGCCUUCAUGUUCCAGGACAAAGUAUCGGACCUGGAGAUUCGCGACAAUCUGCACGAGGUCUGCAACAAAGCAAGAGAAAACACGAAGCUGAUGCAAAAACUCACUUCGGAAGUGGACGAGCUGGAGCAGGUCAUUCUCGGCGAUAAGACCUUACCCGUUCCACAAACGCCGAUGAAGAAAUCUCAACGAGGAAAACAGUCUCAACAGGUGCCAGGAUCGGCGAGGAAGGGAAAAGUUGCGAAAAAGACUCGAAAUGCGGACAUUUGGUCCUCCGAUGAAGACGACGGCGCGGCAUCUCCGGAAGAAGAAGUAGUACCAAAGCGAUCCAGUCGAUCUCGAGCUCGCUGA